ACAGAGCUACAAUGGGAACUCCUCAGGUCUUUUAAAAUAAAAGUUGUAUUUCCCUUGCCCCACAGCCUAUAUCUGUUUUUCCCCGGGAGGGAAGAAACCUGAUUUUUCUGAGCACAUCCUGCAUGCUGGGUACUCUGUGAAUGAGGAUGCCUGAAUCAGCCUGGGAGAUGACAGGAGAUGCUCUGGUCGCAGAUGGUCAAACAGGGGCUGGCAGAGGGAGGUGUCCUGGCUAGGGCUGUGGGCAGCAAAGACAGCCAGGCCUGUGCUCUCACCACGGCCUCACCCUGCCUUUCCGACCAUAGAGCCUCGGGGCCCCUCACAGGCAGCUGCUGAGCUGCCAAGGGAAGCUUAAAGGGGCUGCAGGAGUUUCUUUCCUGAAGGUGGUGGAAUCAGGGGAGGGCAGCCCAGGACAGGGGACAGACAGUGGAUAGGCGCCCUCCUCACUCUCAAGAGCACCUCCCGUGCACGCUCGGGUUCACACUUUCUGGCCCUCACCUAUUUCCCCAUGCGCACUUACACUUGACCUCGGGCUUUUGCAAAAUCUCCUUUGUGAAGGGAGAGAGUGAGGCGGGCUGCCAGCAAUUAUGUCCAGUCCCCAUCAGUGGGGAUGGAUGUUACUUGAAUACCAGUGUGACAACUCACUCUCCAGCUGUCCCCGCCCCUAAAUACACACACACACUCACUCUGGGGCUGACAGUUAUUUCCUCCCUAAGCCUCACUCCCCUGCCUCUGCCUGCCUCUGCUGCCAGGAGCUGACUACCUCCGGGGCUGGAAUCCUGCGCUCCCUCUGUGCCCAGUGAAGGGGGGCUGGUUCCACUGUUUGCAGUCAACACACCCAACCAGCCACCACUGUGGGAGUGAAGGGCCACACAGAGGAUCUGCAGAGAGAGCCCACCAUGUUGGCCAAUGUCACGAUGAAGCCGCUCUGUCCCAUCCUCGAGCAGAUGAGCCGCCUGCAAAGCCACAGCAACUCCAGCAUCCGCUACAUCGACCACGCGUCGGUGGUGCUGCACGGGCUGGCCUCGCUGCUGGGCCUGGUGGAGAACGGACUUAUCCUCUUCGUGGUGGGCUGCCGCAUGCGCCAGACCGUGGUCACCACCUGGGUGCUGCACCUGGCGCUGUCUGACCUGCUGGCCACGGCCUCCCUGCCCUUCUUCACCUACUUCCUGGCCGUGGGCCACUCGUGGGAGCUGGGCACCACCUUCUGCAAGCUGCACUCCUCCAUCUUCUUCCUCAACAUGUUCGCCAGCGGCUUCCUGCUCAGUGCCAUCAGCCUGGACCGCUGCCUGCAGGUGGUGCGGCCCGUGUGGGCGCAGAACCACCGCACGGUGGCCGCGGCCCACAAGGUCUGCCUGGUGCUCUGGGCGCUGGCGGUGCUCAACACCGUGCCCUACUUCGUGUUCCGGGACACCAUCAAGCGCCUGGACGGGCGCAUCAUGUGCUACUACAACGUGCUGCUCCUGAACCCCGGGCCCGACCUCGACGCCACGUGCAACUCGCGCCAGAUGGCCCUGGCCGUCAGCAAGUUCCUGCUGGCCUUCGCCGUGCCGCUGGCCAUCAUCGCCUCGAGCCACGUGGCCGUGAGCGCGCAGCUGCGCCAACGCGGCCGCCGACGGUCCGGCCGCUUCGUGCGCCUGGUGGCGGCCGUGGUGGCUGCCUUUGCGCUCUGCUGGGGGCCCUACCACGUGUUCAGCGUGCUGGAGGCGCGCUCGCACUCGAACCCCGAGCUGCGGCCGCUCGUGUGGCGCGGGCUGCCCUUUGUCACCAGCCUGGCCUUCAUCAACAGCGUGGUCAACCCGCUGCUCUACGUGCUCACCUGCCCUGACGUGCUGCGCAAGCUGCGGCGCUCGCUGCGCAGCGUGCUGGAGAGCGUGCUGGUGGACGACAGCGAGCUGGGUGGCGGGGGCAGCAGCCGCCGCCGCCGUCGCGCCUCCUCCACCGACGCCUCCUCCGCCUCCUCCUCGCUGGGCAGCCGCCUCCUGCCCCAGCACGUGCCCGCGCGCUUGUUCCGCUGGCUGGGAGGCAGCCGUGCAGCGCCCCCGCGGAGGGACCGGGCCCGAUCCCAGGAGGAGCGGGGCCCCCUGAACCGGGCGCUGAGCACCACCUCGGGGUAGGGGGCGCGGGGCCCGGAAUCGCCCGGCUCCGCUCGAGCCAGUCUCGGGGGAGGCAGCAGCAGAGAGCGACCUUGCCCGAAGCAGCUUCCCGAGGGCCCCAGGAAAAUGUAGCUGAAGACCAGGGCCCAGGAAUCUGUAUUUUAAAGUGUCCCAAGUGACUCAGUACAUUUUUUUUUUUUCCAGAAACAAAAUGAGUUAGGGCAGUACUUCUCAAACUUUAUUGUGAGGGGGUCACCCAGGGACCCUGUCUGAUUGGGCGGGGCCGUGGGUGCUGAUUCUGCAUUUCUUACAAUAGGAGACUAUGUCAGGACUCCCGUGCCUGGACUACUGGUAGGAACAAGGGGUUAAAGUCCUAAGACUUCUCAAACUGGGGUGCACAGGAUGUAUCUCCCUGGGGCUCAGUUUUAGCAGAUGAUGGGUAGGGUGGAUUUUUUUUUUUUUUUUCUCGCUUUUUAAGGACACUCCUACUGCAUAUGCAAGUUCCCAGGCUAGGGGUGGAAUCAGAGCUGUAGCUGCGGGCCUACACCACAGCCACAGCCGCACAGGAUCCAAGCUGUGUCUGUGACCUACACCACAGCUCAGGGCAACACUGGAUCCUUAACCCACUGAGCAAGGCCAGGAAUUGAAACCCCAUCCUCCUGGAUACUAACCAGAUUUGUUUCCGCUGUGCCACAAUGGGAACUCCUCCUUGGGGUGGAUUUUUAAAGUAAACCAGUGGUGGAUUUUUGGAGUAUGAAGUGAGAGGAAAGAUUUGGGCAGCACUGUUCUGUUCUGACCUCUUCGCUUGGCCUUUACUGCGCUAGACUUUAUCCCACAAUAAUCUGGAAGGCAGGUUCAUUAGCCUCGCUUUUUUACAAAAGGUGCAAACUGAGGUGCAGGGAGGUUAGGGAACCUGCCCAAGGUACUAACCACGAAGCGUUCCCUGUUCAAAUACUAUUACCCAAGGUCUUUAAGACAGCAGCUGUCUGGGAACUCACCACCACCCAUCUGACCCAGCACUGUUAAGACAGGGAAAAAGCAAGCGGUGCUGUGGUCAGAUGCUUGGGAAACCUGGGCUAAACAAAGUCCAAAGGGCUUUUUUACUGAAGGUCUUCAGUGCUUCUAUGUGCCUGGCAGCCUCUGAGACCAAAGCCCGUGAUGUCUCCUGGCUAAUCUGACGCACGUGCCAGCCUGGAGUUCCAUAGGAUGGGCCCCCCUCCCACCACUUCCGUCAUCCCUGGAUCUGUGCAGCACUCACCUCCUGAGCACACAGGAGCUGGGCAGCUCUAACCCUCAAUCUGUAAGAGUGAGGGUAACCUGCUGCCCCCAUGUCCACAGUCCCACGUCUGUUUAGCUCUGCUUCCCAGGGCCUGAUGCAGAGUUGGCGCCGGUACACAUUUGGUGGAUGAAAUGUUAGUGGGAGAGCUGGGUGGAGAAAUUCCCUUGGGAUCUCGGUCCAGGGCUCCCAGUGCUUACUCCCAGUGCCAGGCAGGCGCUGCCCAUAGCAAGUGCCUGGCAAGCGGAGCAGCUGAUGGCCAGCUGACUAAAUGGACAGCCCCCCCUUGACCAUGCCCAUGACCCCCUACCCGGCUUCACUCAGUGCCUGACACCAUCUAACACACAAUAUAUUUUAUUUGUUUACUAGGUUUUCUCUGUCAGAAUAAAAGCUCCAUGAGGGCAGGGACUUCUGUCUGUAUCCCUCGGUACCCAGAAUCGUGUCUAUACAGCAGACGUUCAAUAAAUAUUUCUGCUGUAGGCUGGA